AGAGACGUAGAAAGUCAUAUUACUGUCAUAGUAAAUGAUGGACACGUCUAACGGGUAUCGUGGUCCUGAGGAAGCUGGAAAGUCGAAGAAACAUGAGGAGCAUCAAUAUUUGGAAUUAAUUGAGCGUGUUAUUAAACAUGGUAACAAAAAAAAUGAUCGUACGGGUGUUGGUACUUAUUCAAUUUUUGGAGCCCAGAUGAGAUUUGGACUCAGGGAUGGAGUAUUUCCAUUGUUGACGACAAAGCGUGUCUUUUGGAGAGGGGUUGUGGAGGAAUUAUUAUGGUUUAUCAGAGGAUCGACUAAUGCUAAAGAACUGUCAAGUAAAGGUGUUCAUAUUUGGGAUGCAAAUAGUUCACGUGAAUUUCUAAAUUCCUGUGGCUAUGAUGACAGGGAGGAAGGUGAUCUCGGUCCUGUUUAUGGAUUUCAAUGGCGAAAUUUUGGUGCACAGUAUAUCGAUAUGAACACUGAUUAUUCAGGGCAAGGUAUCGAUCAGUUGAUGGAUGUCAUUCAAAAGUUAAAGAAUUCUCCAGAUGACAGAAGGAUUUUAAUGUCUGCAUGGAAUCCAAUAGAUAUUCCAAAAAUGGCACUGCCUCCAUGUCACUGUCUCGUACAAUUUUACGUUAGUAAUGGAGAAUUGUCGUGUCAACUCUAUCAAAGAAGUGCUGAUAUGGGACUAGGAGUGCCAUUUAAUAUUGCUUCGUACUCUUUGCUUACUUAUAUGCUGGCACAUGUCACUGGUUUGAAGCCUGGUGAAUUUGUACAUACCAUGGGUGACUGUCAUGUGUACAUAAAUCAUGUCUCUGCUCUUGAGGAACAAUUGAAACGUGAGCCAAAGCCAUUUCCAAGUUUGAAUAUUCGUCGAAAGGUUUCCGAUAUCGAUGAUUUCACAGCAGAUGACUUUGAUUUAAUUGGAUAUGACCCACAUCCAAAGAUCUCAAUGCCCAUGGCAGUGUAAUUAUAGAGUAUAUAUAUAUAUAUAUAUAGUAUAGAAAUGCAGUGUUAAAAACUAGAGUUUUUAGCAAUAACUAUAUUUUAUUUUCUAAUAAAAAUUAUAUUCUCAAUAAACUCAUAUCUUAAUAUUUA